UGCCGUCUAUGGACCUACUUUACUUGGUGAAGCCGGGAAUACCGCAUCUGCCGCAGCUGACAGACAUCGCCAUCACCAGGGCACCGCGGACUGGAACAUUGGGCCUCUAGCAGAGAAGCAACCAUGCCGCCCCACGGCAGCGCUCACAGCGUUUACUCGACAGCUUCCCAUCUGUUGUCUCCCCGAAGUAGCGCCUGUUGUUCAUCGCCGGCUCCGCCACCUUCUCAGCCCGGCGCCUUGUCAAGCUCUGGCGCGCACUUAUUACCACCUUCAAGCCGGCCAUCCUCGUCACUCCACUCGUCUUCUCAGCACUCGAAUGGCGCAGCUCCUCGCCCUAGCGGUGCUCCUUUCCGUCCAAACAUCCGCGAGAUGUCCAAGCCCAGUACGGUUGCUGUCCCGCCUGUUACUCUCCCCGGAACUUCAGGCCCCUCUGCCCCUUCAUCGGAGCGGCGAAAAUACGACUACAGACAUUCAAGCCCCGCUUCCACACCUUCUGGCCUCUCACGUUCCUCUUCCCCGCCCCUGCCACCAUCCUUGGCACACACGGUGCGAGCAUCCGAAUCACCAGUCUCAACAGGGCCGCAAAUGUCUAAUCAGGAUCUCCCUCUCGCUGCACCUUUCUUGACGCCCUGGUCCCGAAGGGAACAUUUGGGACUCGCAGGGCGUCGGGGUGACGCCUGUGCGGAUGGCGAACAAACCAGCAGCAACCAUGGCCUCGACACGUUGAACGAGAUCAUCAUGGCUCUUGAUGUUGACAAAGAUGGAAGAGUUGGCUGUGCUUACUACGUCGCGAUGGACGAAGAGCUGGUCCUCGAAGAAGAAAUUCCCAUGGGAGGCAUUGAGGCCGUCGAUACACUUCUGCUCCUUGUCCAGCCGACAUCGGUCAUCAUUCCCAACCGGGCGCCAGGAGACUUGAUCGAGUUCCUCGAGCGAGACGCUUACCGAUUCGACGGUAGCGAAGGGUCGGACGGCGAGCAGGGGUCGUACAUUCUCCGACACGUUGUAUCUGCGCAGUUCGACUAUGACGCGGGGAAAGAAGCGCUUACGAAAGUCGAUGUUGAGCCGGCCAAACCCGACCCCGUGCAAGUUCAGUCGUUGGAGGAGGAACCCGUGCAGUCAAUUGGCUCUUCCUCUCAUAACAAGCUCAUGCGCCUGGCUGAGCGAAUCAACUUCGAGAGCUGUCUCUCGGUUGGCUGUGCUGGCGCGGUACUGAACGACUUGGAACGUCGGAGGACUGCUGAGCAGCCAUCGACUGGUGAAGACGGAGAUUUCACGUUUUCUGUGAGAUCCGUCAAGAUGGAAUCCGCCGAAGAUACAAUGAUCAUCAGCGCCGAUUCCUUGAUAUCUCUGCAAAUCUUGCAGUCGGAGCUGCAUCCCAACCCGCAAACUCGUUCGUCCAACAGCUCGGAGCCUAAAGCGAAGGAGGCCCUCUCAGUCACCGGUCUUCUUCAAGCGCUGGCCUCCAGCGCACAGGGGAAGAGGAGGCUUCGUCAAAUGCUCCUUCGACCGAGCACAGAUCUUGCGGUAAUUCGGGAGCGACACAUGAGCAUUGAGAUUCUGCUGCGGACGGAAAACAGCGAGAUUGCGAAGAACAUGCGGAAACAGCUCAGGAAACUCAAAAACCCCAAGACGUUGCUCCGUCAUGUGAGGAGAGGGGUGGACCGAGUACGGGGCCAGUUGUCCCUCCGUGUGGGAGACUGGAAGGCAUUACUGAGAUUUGCCAUGGUCUCUGCUCAGCUGAAGCACGCAACGCAUGCAUUGAAGGGUGCUUCACAUAUCCCCCUCUUUUCCAAGAUAUGCUCCGAGAUCAACGUGAAGAGAUUCUUGCACGUCGGCGAUAUCAUCAUUCGAACCAUUGACUUCCAGCUGUCCAAGGAUAGCGGCCGCACCGAAAUUCUUCCGGGGGCAAGCGAAUACCUUGACGGGCUGAGGGAGGAAUUCGCCCACGUCCGUCGUCUGCUCGCAGAAUUAAGGGAGUCUGUCGCGCGAGAGGUCCCAGAAGAAGUGGCCGAGCAUAUCCGACACUGCACAGUCAUGCCGCAACUGGGGUUUCUGGUUGCGGUGACAAUCGAUGUUGAAACAGGAGAAGGGAUAUAUCAUGGCCAGCAUCAUCCCGAGGGUGAGUGGACAAUGUGUUUUGUCAGCGGGGAUAUGGUGUACUAUAAGAACCAGCUCAUGCUGGAUCUCGACGUUCAGUACGGAGAUCUGCCCUCACGCAUCGCCGACGAGGAGAUUGAGGUGAUCAUGGCUCUCGCGGCUGCAGUCCUGGAGCACGAAGAGGCAAUUCUCAGCGCCUCGGAGCUCUUUGGAGAACUCGACAGCAUGCUUGCGCUUGCCUUGGCCGCCGAAAAGUACAACUGGACGGCCCCCACAAUGACGGCCUCAAAUGUGAUUGACAUUGUCGAUGGACGCCAUCCUCUCCAAGAACUCCUGGUGCCGUCGUUCAUUCCGAACGACUGCGCCCUUGCCGGCGGCUGCGGCGCGAGCGAUUUGGAGGACGACAGGUUGGGCAUGAGUAAUGGUAGAAAGGCUUCAUUUCCAUCCAUGCUCAUCCUGACUGGCCCGAACAGUUCGGGCAAGAGCGUCUACAUGAGGCAGGUCGCUCUCAUCGUGUACUUGGCGCACACCGGCAGUUACGUUCCCGCGGCGAGGGCCACAAUCGGGGUGACUGACCGCAUCCUGACCCGGAUCGCCACCCGGGAGACGGUCGUCAACGACGAGAGCGCAUUCCUUGUGGACUUAAAACAAGCGGCGUUUGCCAUGAAUUUUGCCACGCGGCGAAGCCUCCUCUUGAUUGACGAGUUCGGCAAAGGCACCACGGCGGACAGCGGCUCGGCCCUCUUUACAGCGUAUCUUACCUACUUCCUGGGUCUUGGUACGGAACGGCCCAAGGUGCUUGCUGGAACUCAUUUCCAUGAAGUAUUCGAGAACGGCCUGCUCAUGCCUGGAGAGGACGUGGCCUUUGGCCACAUGGACGUCCGCCUUGACCCUGAGGCCGAGGACCCUGACGAAGCCGUCACCUUUCUUUUCCGCCUGUUGCCGGGGCGAGGCUCAUCGAGCCUAGGAGUGCUUUGCGCGGCAUCAAAUGAUGUCCCAAGCGAUGUCAUCAACAGAGCCCGGGCUAUUGUGGCAUUGCUGGACAACAACGAGAGCCUCCUCGAGGCGUGCUCCGACAUGACCCAGGAGGAUAAGCGGAGGUUGGAAGAAGCGGAACUCGUAGCAAGAAGGUUCCUGGCGUUGGAGAUUCCUAGCCGAGGGCGUGAGCAGGGAGGCUCCGUCCCAAUUCGGGACAUGUUGCGAUCUGUGCUGGCACCUGGAGAGGCCCCGACCUCGGGCGCCUGACGGCUUGGCUUCUGAUAUUAGCUGGGGUAUGUGGCUGAGGGAAGCACCGGCUAAUUGCUAAGAGAUGCGUUUGCUUCAGCCAUGUGUGCAGUAGGAGAUUUGCACACGAGCUUUUGUUUUGCCUUCGUCAGCUAUCAUAGGCAACUUCCUUCAUCUGCCGGCCGUCAUUGCUCUGAUGCUGGAUGAGAUGUACGGAAACAAGACUGCCUCUUUUGGUCCACCCUCAACCUCACUGAAGCCCCCAACUUGAGCCUGACACCCAACCUUAACCCCCAUGAAUGCUCCCAGUGGAUCCCGCAAAAUGAGUUUGCAUAUCACCAAGGGCUUUUCUGCAAGAAACACAGGUCCCUGCCUCGGUGCACACUCACUGUUGUUCCUUCAGCCCUUGGAGUUGACCGGCA